GCACACACGCAGAAGAGCGCGACUGCCAGCGAUUGUGCCGGGCCUGCUAUCGGGCAGACGCUGCUGUUUGCGCUGUACAACUUUGUGUUUGUGUUCGUAAAUUAAACAUUAACCCCGCUUGGGUUGCUUGUCUCAUGCCAGCCUGGUUUUUUUUCUUUCGUCCCCCGAGCGUCAAACACGGCGAAAGCGAGAGGGGAGAGCGCUCGCCGACGACUGAGCCCGCCCGCCAGCUCGCCCGCAUGGCUGCCUGGCUGAUUAAUGAGUUGUUUUAAAAGGAUCGGGUUUACCUUGCUCAUUUUCUGUCAGUCGCAAGAGUGGAAACAUCAUCCUGAUCCUGUCAACGGGGUACGGCAUUUGCGGAUGUCUCUUGCGCACGCCUGUGGCAUGGCAUGCUGAGCUCUGUUUUCUCGUGCUCUGGUUGAAUAACAAGAGGACCUUGUGGCAGUUUGCUGUAGGAUAAAAAAACGGCGCGGCGGACGAAGGGAAAAGUCUUAUUUUUUAAGCUAUAACGCUACGUCAACUUCACUGCUGCAUCGCAAGAAAAGGGCCUCUGUGACGAUCGUGUCAAGAUGCAAGACGCGUCCGCCGUGGUGGAUGCGAGUCUCUAGUUUGAAGUCUCGUGAUUUGUUUCUGUUGCUGAAAUUGGGAUCUCUAAGUAAAAAUGGUGUUAACAACUGUUUAACAAUAACAAUCUGUUCAAAAUAGUUUCUUUGGAAUAAAGUAUGUAUUAAAAAAAACACUUAUAUUGUCUACCGCUAACACCAUCUGUUGGAUUUGUAAAGCGUCUCAAAGCAUACAAAUUAGUUCAAGAUUGAGAGGAAUCAUAGACACCAGCAUAGGGCAGCUUUUCUUGGUUUGAUUAUAAUUAUACAAGUUAGGAUACAAUUAGCGAGAACAAGCCAUAACUGUCGCAGAUAGUAAACGCAACACGCACUCGGUGCAUAAUUGCAAUCGGCGCGGUGCCGACAGAUCGUCGCACGCUGGGCAAUAUGAAGCUGAACUCUCUCGGCUUCUUCGACAUCGGCUCGUUCUUCGGGAAGAUCUUCAAAUCGCCACCCCAGCAGAAUGCGGCAGGGAAGAGCGGCAAACCCAGCGUGGGCCCUCCUCCUCCGAUGCCAUCCCUCUCCGACUCAUCUCCGGGCCUCUCAUCGGCGCUCUCUGCCAAGGGCAUUUUCGGCCGAGCGCCUGCACGGCAGUCGUCCGCCAAGCAGCUCGUGGCGCCGGGUGGCUCGCAGGCGGCGGCCGGCUCCCCGAUCGCCGCUCGGCUCGGCACUCAAGACCAACUGCAUGGCGCCAGCAGCAGCAGCCCAUCGAGCAGCCCAUCGCAGAUCAGCACAGCGGGGAUCAUCGCCGGCGGUGGCGGCAGCCUGGCAAUGGUGUGGCCGGCGUCGGGCGCCAACACUGUGUCGACUUUGUCGCCGGCCGCCGCGUCCCAGCACCAGCAGCAGCAGCAGCAGAGGUUGUCGCCGAGGUUCGCGCGCCCGGCGAGUGUGGGGGCCCGUGCCGAGGCACAUGGGGGCUCGGACCGCUUCCUGGUGACGGUGGGGAUCGGCAGGGCCCCCCCUCUACCGGUGCCGCCGUACGGUCUGCCCGACAUCCAUGAGGAGGACUUCCUGCCGCGAAUGUACGAGCAGCAGCAGCAUCAGCAUCAUCAUCAGCAGCAGCAUCAGCAGCAGCGGCACGUACAUGACAGCCGGGGGCUGGCACGCGGUGGGGUGGACCAACCGCCCCUGCCAGAGCCGGCUGGGAAUGCCCUGCCCCUCGCCUUCAGCCAGCACAUGCAGCAUGCCAUCUCUGCGUACAACCGCAGCUCCUCGCUGGAAUCCAGCGAAUCAAGCGGGAACACGACGCCCACGGAGCUUGACAAGUCGUGGUCGGCCAUCCACAGCGACACCACCUGCCCGUCCACCGAGCAGUCGUCCCUCUUCUCCUGGGGAGACGACGAGUUUGAGCGGGUGGCGUCGCGCCGAGUGCAGCAGCUGUUCCGUGAGAUCGACGCGCUGCUGUACGAGGGCACGGGCAGCGCGCAGACGCCCGCGCUGCAGGGCGAGUGCAUGCAGUGGAAGACACGAUUCUUACAUCUCAGGAUCCUGGGCAAGCAGCUGGUGGAGCCCACCGACGAGGGCUAUCAGCUGGUGCCCACGGAAGGGACGGCGGCAGCCCGCACGGAGCCCCCCACCGGCUCCGUCUCCACCGGCCACAACCCCAGCGGCAGGGAGCUGCGCUUGCAGGGCAGCCGCCUGGUGCCGCGGGGGGUGCUCGCUGGGCCCAGCCGGGGGGGCGCGGUGUCUCCCGCAGCGCAGUCGCAUCGGGACAACGGCAGCGGCAGUGGUGGCGAGGAGGGCGAGGAGGGGGAAGAGGUGGCGCAGGAGACGGAGGAGGAGGUGAUCUGCAGGGACGGCACCGUGGAGGAGGUCCUGGCUUUCGACAGGCAUGAACCAGAGGAGGACGUUCCUGAGUGGCGGCACGCCGGUGGCAACCGGUGCGGCGCGUGGCGAGCGCGCCGGGGCCUCCCGCCCGUGUCCCCCGCCGCGUGCCUGCGGGACGCCGUGUGUACCGAGCUCUUUGAUCAGCUGUGGGCCGAGGCGCUGGGCUGCCUGCACUCGCUCGACCAGCAGUCGUGGGACGCCGAGGAGAAGGGGCUGACGGGCGUGGAACGUCCGGCCAUGCAGAGGAUCUUGCUGCCGCGGCAGGCAGGCACAGCUGACAGUCUCUCCAUGCCUCCAUCGCGAGGCUCGGACACACGGAGCUACCUUCCCCAGCUGCACCGGACGUCCCUGAGCGGCCGACCGGGCGACCUGCAUGGCGUCAUGAUGAUCCAGGCGAAGCCCCUGCAGCAGAGGCACGGGCCCAUCAUGGACAAACUCCCGCUUCCAUCGGCGCUGGAGGAGCGCAUGUGGAGCGGCCGCCCGGCCUCCAGCGUGCUCUCGCUGCCGCGCAGUCGCGCCGGCCCGCGUCCCGCCGCCGCCGUGGACGACACCCUGCCGGCCUUCUCUCGCGUCGCGCUCUCCUCGGCCCGCCGACGUCCGCACCCCGCUGCCGGCCCGAGGCUCGACGCGCGCGCCAAGACGUCCAGCGUCAAUCGGCAGGAAGUGCUGCGCGGCACCAGGCUAGCGAUGGGAGCUUCCGAGCGGCUGUCGACGCCACAGAUGAGUGCUGUGCGCAACACGCUGCUGCCCCCCAUCGGCUCGCCGGACCCCCACGAGAGCCAGCUCACAGUGCCGGGGGCGCGCCCUUCACAGACCAAGGGCCGUCUGAGCAUUAGCCGCGUGUCGAGCGCCGUCACGGACGACACGGGCCGCCGUCCGGCCCGGGACCGGCCCUCGCUCGUGCUGGAGCAUCCGUCGCGGCCCAACACCACGCACACCUUCCGGUCAGACAUGCAGCUACGGAGGUCGCUGACACCCAUGGAGUACAAUAGCGCCACACGCACCGGAAGAGCCUCCCUGGGAUCAGACUCGCUGAAGAUCCGCGUGACAGGGAUCGGGCUGAGCAGCGCCGGGUACCAGCUGGACCCGUUCUCACUGCACGCACUCGGCCACUCGCCUCUGGAGGACGAUGAGGACCACCCCCCCGCGUACCACCCAAGCUGGGGUGCUGAAUCCCACUUGCAUCAUAAACCACAGAGUCGCAGCAGCAAUGGCAAGAAGCGUUUCCCCAUGGCGCUGUAGCUCAUGGGAUGCGGAGGAUGGUUGGGCAGCUUUUUCGUCGCCCUCACUGCAGCCCGCGUCGGCAUGAGCGCAGCGCUGGCCAGGCGGGCGAGCCUCCGGUUAUGCUGGACCACGCUCUGCCGGCCAGACACAGCGCGCUUAGACACCCGUCUCCAGCUCGCCGUGGAGGAACUGCGACGUCUCCGAUGCUGCGUGAGAGCGCCAUGCUGCUGCGUAGGUUUUUUCGCGGUUGCGCUCUAUAGCUCUCCGAUGUCGUUUUCGUGUCGUUCGGAACGAUGUCCGACGUUUCGCCCCACGUGCCGGGAGACACUUCGGGAACUGAAAAAGCUGUGGUCACUCGGAACCAAAGAAUCUUUCCGGCGCGUGGAGCGAAACGUCGGACAUGAAGCCGAACGACACGCGGGUAAAACUCGAAAAGCCAUCGGAGCGAUUGACCGGCAGCUGCAUCGUGCGUUUGCCACCAGCGAUCUGCGCGUCCCGUAAACGCAUAUGUCCGGGUACCUUCAAUGCAAUUCUAUACUCGUUUAAUUUGUGCGCACAAGAAUUCUGCGGAGACCACGUCCGUGUCCUGCAAUCGGAGUCGACAUGAGUUGACGUCGCGGUUGUAUUCGUGAGAUAGGGGGGCCUUUUGGCCAAAGUGCAGGGAUCAGUCAUGCGCAACUAAGCAUGGUGAGGCUUGAUAUACCCAGUGUCAGCGUUUUGGCUUCGCUACCCCAAUGCGUGGGCGAGUGGCUCUCUGAAAUGUCAACAAAGUCACCCGCCGUCGUGAGGUUUCGAGUAUUUAUCUUUUUAAAAUACCGUCUCCUGUUCGCAGUAUCCUCUCUGCAAACGUAUUUUAUUUUCAACACUGUUUUCAAUCGCAAAAGUACAUUUCCUGCUUUAUUAACCAAAGCAGUGAAAUAGCAAACUCAAGAUUCGUAUCAAAUCUAUAAAUAUUCCCAUCACAUCCAGUGUAUGACGCACAUAACAGUAACCUAAACAAUUACCCCCAGUACGAUACACAUGUGGGUGCCAUACAUUAGUUUUUUUUUAUUUUAUCAGAAAUGGGAAACAUUUAUGUGUGUUAUACACAGGAGCGUAUUAUACGCAAGCCAACUUAAAAGUGUGGAGCUAUUGCUUUCAAUAUUCAGCACGGGAACUUGUUCGUUAUUACUGUCAUAUAUUAUUAUAUUUUUUAACCUCUUUGUCAGAUGAGACCAUAAACUGUAAUUGUUUUUACUCAGGGACAACUUCAGCACAGGAAUUUGGUCCACGUAGGGUACCCGAAUAAGCCUUGCAUCACUUCGGUGCUAUCACAGCUCUGUGUAGGAUUGGACUGUAUAGCCCAAGGAGGUUGCAAACAAUAUUAUUGCCACGUGUUUGAAAAUGUAGGUGCAAUUUAAAAUGCGCAAUGAGCAGAUGACCGAAAGGUCCGGAUUCACGAUACAGCAUUCUCGCAGAGCGCUUGACUUUCAGGGUUGAGGAGUCGGUGUGCAUUGAUGGGGCAGCAAUAUUUGAAACUGUCAAUGCUUGCAUUGGUUACGAGGCACAUUCAAGAAAUCUGUGCACAGUGAUGUAGCUGUACGGUUGGGGCGAUAAAUACAGCAUGCAUUUAAAAUCUGAGACACGGUUGCAUGAAGACGCUUUACAUAUCCAAGUUGUAUUGUUGUGAGGUGCAAAUUCGCAUAAUUGCUGACGGUUUAGAUUCUUUCCCUCGAUGUGUCGUCACAGUCCCACUCGUAUGAUUUAUUGAGCGUCUCCUCCCUUGUGCUUGUGGUAAGCUUCAUGGUUCAGGGCAUCAUUCCUCGUUUUCCUUCUUUGUCUCAGGGCUCAGAAUAUUUCAGGGCAGUCGACCGAUCGCAUAUUUACCCCCCCUCCCCAAGACUGGAGCACCUCAGCUGCUGUCCGUUAUAAACCGUGCACGCCGGUUCACUUUGUAACGAGGGUUGCUGCGAUAUCAUUUUUCAGGGUCCGAUACGAAACAAUAUUCGUUUUGACGAUAUGACGAUUGUUGCGAUCUCGGUUUCCCCUUUCCAUUUGUAAUUCACUUUUGUACUAUUUGUGUGCUUUGCUGAAUUUACGGUACGAAUAAAGAUGACUUAAUAGUUCAACUGCAGUUCGCUCAACAUAAGCCUGUAAAUAAAUCUUCGAGUUAUUGCAGCUUUACAGUAUGUAUGCGUAUAAUAUACAUGCUGUCAGUUAUAACAGAAAUACUUGUGUAAUUGGAUUAAUUCCAAAAAUCGAGGUCAUAUAAUCACCAUGUCCUCAGUUACUCUGGAAACAUUUAGCAAACCUCAAGUUUAAUGGGUAAUAGCUAGUCAUUUAGAAAUUCUUUUUUUUCAGCUGUUUUGUUAUUUCAGAGAAAACGAUUGCAAUAAAAGUAAAAUAUAUUAUAGAAAAAUAAAAUUAACAAUAGCACGGUAUGUUUUAGAACGUACGAUACGAUUAUCGUGACCCAUAUAAUAUCGCCAUAUCGUCGCAACCCUACUUUUUUACACAAAGCAGCUGUUACCACUUCCAAAAUAGUCGGAUUAAACCGGUGGCUAGCAUCUGGUAGCGCAUUGUUUCCUAACCUUGGGGUUGAAGAUCUCGUAAACCCCAUUUAUUGCGGUCAGCAGGAUUGUAUAAUCCUCAAUGUAUGACUAACAGAACAGGUUUACGACUUAUUCAGAACGAAUCAAACCAGAGCUCUAUAAACGUGAAACGUUGGGCCAAUAUUUGUUCAAACGAUUCCAAGCACAGGCCAAUGCUGGACCCAACCUCUGCACCUUAUACUGGGCGAGUAGUUUCUCAUCCUGCGCGUAGUUUGUGGCUUCGUGUUCAGCGACUGCGUGCAUUGCGCGAACGGCCUCCGUGUUGGGGAGUGGCGGGGAGCAACUCUGUCGUUUAACCCCUGGUUGGGUCAAAGGCGUUGUACAUAAAUGUUUUAUGUCAAGUGGCACGUGUGGUGUGUGCCCCAUCUCAGGUGUAGAUUUUGACUCGUAAUUGACUCGCCAGUCUCCUGUUUGAACGCUCUGUACGUUAAACCUGUCUGUGUCAAUCUGCGCACAGCUUUCCAUUUGAAAGCAAAAUGUUUAAGUGUCCCAGUCACAUUUUAUAGCAGAUUCUUCAUUCGUAUACAGGAGACUUGGGCACGUUAUUGUACAAUGGUGUAUAUGAAUCUUCUUGCACAUACGUACGCGAGUGUGCCUGUUUGUGUGUAUGGGAAACGGUGGUGCACAGGUUAGCGCACUGUCCCACAAAUAUAAUCCCCUGAGUUCAAAUUCCUGUCCACGGCUGACAUCGAUGGGCAGUGAUAUCUGAGCUGAUCCAGGGCCUCCCCGAGGUCAACACCACCUUAGAUGAUUAGCUGGCGCAGUGUGUAAACAUCAGCAUUGGGAAGACAAAGGUGGCUAGGCAUGGUACUAGCCACACCAUCUCUUUGUACGCCGAUCUUUAUACUCACCAACAGCACUUGCUUAUACUGCUAUACGAGGGAUCUUUGUCUAUGUGUGAGUAUGUAUGAAUGUGUCGUGCCUGAUGAAAGAGAUGGUAUGUUGGUUAGAACACUGCCCCCAUAGGCCCAGCUACCCAAGUUCAGUUGGGAAGUUCUGUUCAUAACAGGAAAUGUGGUUUCUCUGCCUGGCAAGAGAUACCUGAGGUCAUCCUCGCCUGUUUUUAGUACCUGGCACAUCAAACAACUCCAGUGCUGCGGUGGGGCCGUGCUUUUACCAUCAGAAAUUUUUUUACUGGCCAAAAUAGGUGCUCGCUAACAGCACUUGCCAGUCAAAGCAGGUGAACGAGGGUUUUUUGUUUGUACCUGAUCAUGUUUAUUUUGAAGUUGCCAAAGAUAUGUUGUUAAUGUCACAUACACAAGAUGUUAUGAAAUUCAGGGCCGUAAUUUAACAUUGUUUCAUAUCUUUUGAGUGUUGCCAUAUUUACUGAGGCAUGCAGUGAUGCGUCGAUUUAGAAGUUAAAAUCGAUUCUUGCGCUCUUGCGCGUGAGAAUCGAUUGUGUUCGGUUGACUCAUCUUGUCCGUCACGAGUUCACGUAAAUCCCCUGCAUCCGUUCGAGGCACUUGGUGCACCAAAUUUUAAUGACACCACAAUAUAAAAAAAGAACACAUUAUUUAAUCGUAAAAAUUAUCAAAUUUCGAGUGGUACGCGUAUUCAACCUCCGUUAAAAGUGUCUUAUCAUUGUCGAACCACCGAAGAAAAGAUGCAAUUCUACUCUCAACAACAAGAAUGCUUAAGUCUUGAAUUUGUAUGAAAUAAAUGUUGGCUUUAUUGGGUCAAUUUCACCCGUUUCUUAUAAUUGUGCAUGUAUUGCCGUUAUUUUAGGUCAGGGGUCUUUUUUAUAUUCAUGCAAAAAAGUACUUAAUUCUCUAUAGAUGGGGAAAUUUGCUGGCUGGUAAAGUCUGUUAACCAAUAAAGCACAUUAAUAAGUCACUUUGACAAUCUGCUUUGUAUUGCAACUUAGUCAAGUCUCGAUUAUUCCAGGUUAAGCAAUUAGGCCAAACACACAAUUAUUGUCAUUUACCUGCUUGGAACGUGGGGUGACCAUUUAAGAUGUCUCGUCUGUCUUUUUUUUUAUUGCUGCACGUAAUCAAUCGGUGCAUGAGUUCAAAAACAUAAUUGUUUUGCAAGCACGCUUAAACUGCAACUGAUAAUGGGAGUUUACGAUUAGAACGUCGUUCAACUCAUUGCACAAUGGAAUACCCUUUGCAUGCCCGACCAUUCGCUUUCAGCGUUUACUUUUUCAACAAUGUAUGCAACUCUGACAUUUUAAUAUGCAUCGAUAUUGAAUAUGAACCCUCGCCAUUCGCCACAGCUGGUACACCUACAUUUCCCAAUCAUCUGUUCAACGGGAAUGCGUUACACUGCACAUGCACGUAGAUUGGCAGCAAUGGAAACCAUGGGAUGUGGGGACAAAAGGUUGCGGUUGAGAAAUGUUGGCAAGUUAGACCAGGUUAUUUAAAGCCACACUGGAUCAUCUCAUUGCGGUUCAACAUCCUAUUGACACUCACGUUCUGUUACACAUGGCCUUGCAUAUGAUCUGUACAUGCUUGUUGUUAUAUGUACAAGUACUUAGUCGCAUUUCGUUUGAAAAAUAUUAAGUACAAAAAAAACUGCAAUUUUGUAAUUUGAUAGAAAUAAAAAUUAUGUACAUAUGUGAAUACAGAUUGUACCGUUUUAUUUUAUAUUUAUGUUUAGCCUUCAAUGUUAAAAGGUAAAGUUACGUAUUUGGUAUAAUAAACAAUGAUAGCUACACGA